CACAGUUCAUUUCGCCUUUCUCAAGUGUAAAAGCAUCACUGCUGUCAGUACUGAAUUCGACUUUCCCAAAUUCCUCGAAAGUUGCGCCUUUUCGUUUCCAAAUUUCUCCCAAAAGAACGCAAUCAUGACGAGCCGAUGAAGAGCCAAAAGCGACGGAGCAGCAAUGGCGGUGGUGUGAAUUGUAAAUCCCGUCGGUUUUAGGCGAGAACUGCAAUUCACCGUGCUUGCAAUCUACGCCACAUUGCUUCAAUUCUCGUUUACAUGAAGAAAUCUGGAGUGAAUUACCUUCGGAAAUGUUGAUUUGUGCCCUUUUUUUUCUGAUCUGCGUUGAGAAUACACCAAAAGGUAUUUUUUGGAGCUUCAAUUUUGGGGAAAGCUUGAAAAAGGCAAGAAUGAGGUCGGUCCUAUUGUUUCUCAUUUUGCUAUCCUCCUCAAUCGCCUCCAUCGUUGAGUUUCGAGCUGAAGCUGCUCCAGCGGGGCCGUUGGUAAAGCACCUGUCGUCCCUGGUAAAAUGGACCAAGUCUUCCUCCAGAAUACCCCAUCAGUCAGAUGGAAAUGUCCUGCAGUUUGAAGAUGGAUAUUUAGUCGAGACCGUUGUCGAAGGGAAUGAACUUGGAACUGUGCCAUACAAGAUUCGUGUCUCGCAGGAUGGAGAUCUCUUUGCUGUGGAUGCUGUUAACAGCAACAUUGUCCGAAUUACGCCCCCACUGUCGCACUAUAGCAGGGCAAGGUUGGUUGCUGGAUCAUUCCAGGGUCGCACGGGCCACGUCGAUGGAAAACCAAGUGAUGCUCGAUUUAAUCACCCGAAGGGUGUUACGAUGGAUGAUAAAGGGAAUGUUUAUGUUGCCGAUACAGCAAAUCUCGCGAUUAGAAAGAUCGGGGAAUCAGGCGUGACGACUAUUGCUGGAGGAAAAUCGCACGUUGCAGGAUACAAUGACGGUCCUAGUGAAGACGCUAAGUUCUCGAAUGAUUUUGACGUCAUUUAUGUUAGGUCUACAUGUUCUUUGUUAGUUAUUGAUCGAGGCAAUGCCGCUCUUCGUCAAAUUUCCUUGAGCAAGGAGGAUUGCUAUUACAACAACAGCUCCGGCUCACUCGCAGAUCUUCUUAUGGUCGCUGGCGCCAUCUUAAUUGGAUACACGACGUGCGUACUACAACAAGGAUUCGGCACCUCGUUUUUCCCCAAGUCGACGAAAGGCGGCACCGAAGGCAAACUCAACGACCAAUCGACGAGUAACGAGAUACCAACGCCCGUCGACGUGACAGCCGAAGACGAGCAAAUAGCUGGGUGGCCGUCAUUCGGACAAUUGAUCUGGGACCUCGCCAAAUUUGCGCUGGAAGCAGUCAGCGGCAUCUUCGUUAAUUUCAUUCCCCAGUCUUUUAAUAGGAGGAUCUCGAAGAAAGGCCUAACUCCUCUAAAAGAUUCUCUUAUUAUGCCUGAAGACGAACCCGAACCUCCUUCAGCUUUGAAGCAGAGAGCCCCGACUCCCCUCGCCGAAACCCGGCAAGCAAAUGGACCGAUUUACGGCGACAGAUUCUCUUCCGAAGUCAGGCCACCGAAAACGAGGUCGUCUACGUUAAAAGAUCCAUCUCCAUCGACCAAGCACCGAUCUUCGAAACGACAGGAGUACGCCGAAUAUUACGGAUCAGGUGAAGCUCCUCAGUACGAACAAAUCCGAUCGAAGGGUCAGAAAGAAAGAAAACAUCGACACCGAGACAAAACCGGGGAUCCGACAGCAUCAUCCGCACUCGAUCCACCUAAGCCGUCUGAGAUCAAGCCAAGCGGCUACGACAGCGCCAAAUACGAUCCUUACAAUUUCCGGAGCAAGUAUGGGUAUUGAUUCUGUCCGAGGUUCUGUUCUUUUAAGGAAAUGUAGACUACUGUUUUUCGCCCGCCUCUUGACUAGAUUAACUGUUUAAACUCUG